AGGGUUAGAGCGGGCUGCGAGCACAACGCGAGAGAGGCGCUACCACCGCGGCCACGGCGAUUCAUCGGCGACUGGCUCGAGCAAUCAAUCGCUCUUUCAGGAAUCUCUAUCCUAGUGCGCAGGGGUUUCGCGGAAUUAGGGUUUAGGACUUCUGGAUUGCUCUCCUCUCUCCGAGAAUGUGAGAAGGAAGAACUUCGAUGGGCAAUGAGUGGGAUCCUCAGCAAAGCGUAGUGAGCGAUGGCGCUGCGGUAGCGGCAGGGGCAGCGUCUUGGGGCUGGAAUCACCAGGAUGCGUCGAGAGUCUCCUCCUCCACGCCAUCGACGGAUGCAAACUAUCAGCAGCAGUGGUACGCCUACUACGCAGCUCAAGCGGCCCAACAGGCUAGCGUGGCUGAUAACUCCGCUACCACUGCGACGACCACAGUGAUCACUUCUCCAAAUCCGCCACCUCCUCCAUCCGCUCCGCCGCCUCCAGCCCCGCCUCCGCCGCUCCCGAGCUCCGCAGCAUGGAAUGCUGUGCCUCCUCCGCCGCCGCCACCUCCGACAACUUAUGGAACUUAUCAACAAACACAAGCUCAACCAGCAGAGACUCAAGAGCCUGGAUCAUCCUACAUCCAAGACGCCAAGACUCCAGCAGCAGCCACAGCUCCAAGCACUUACACGUAUCCAAGUAGUGAGCAGUAUGGCUAUGCGAGCUCCAAUUAUCAGAGUUAUGGCUAUGGCUACGCGCAGCAAGGUAACGAAUCUUACUCUCAAAACGUGGGACCUUACGCAAGCUCAGGUGCUACAUAUCAGCCCACGUCCUACCCGAGCACAAGCACUUAUUAUGGUAAUGGUGUGUAUCAGCAAACGGGAAGCUAUCAGGCUGCUGCUUACAAUGGCUGGAGCGACGCCAGCAACAACGUGGCCGCCACCAGUGCCGGCAGCAGCUACUAUCCAAGCUAUCCAGGAUACUCGGCUCCAAGCGCAGCUGGGACAUACCAGACACAGUAUCAAAAGCCAGGGGACUACUAUGCGAGCAUGCAACAGGCUACUGAGACUAGUGGCCCUCCAGGGACUGAGGCAGCUGCUCCAGCUAGCGCGACUCAUCAAGCCCCUCCUCCUUCGUCGUACGCCAGUGUGGUUGCCCAGGGAUACUCUCAAACGACGCAGCCGCCGCCUCCUGGUACUCAGCCUCCACCGGCAUGGCCAUCUCAGGGAAACUCGGCGACAAACGGACAUCCUCAGUAUGUUCCUCCGACUGCUAGCCAGCCCAACACAUACCAACAGUCAGUGCGGCCGUUGCAGCAGCCAUACUCUCAGCAAACAAAUCUGUUCAAGUCCCCGGUGAAGAUACAAAUGAAUCCAAGAAUGCCGCAAACACUACCGCAAACACCAGCAUAUGUCAGUGUUGCCGGUAAAGUCUCUUCUGGAAAAUCCUUCACAGCUGAUGUGUCGAAUGCGGCACUUAAGCCUGGGAUGUUUCCUCCUUCCUUGCGUGCAUACGUUGAAAGAGCUUUGGCGCGAUGCAAGAACGAGGCUCAGAAAGGGGUAUGCCAGCAGAUGAUGAAGGAGAUAAUUACGAAAGCAUCAUCUGAUGGUACGCUAUUUACAAAGAACUGGGACACGGAACCACUGUUUCCUCUACCGGGUGUAACAGGGGACGGAAAGGGGGACCAACCCUUCACGGUCAAAAAGACCAGGAGCAGAUGGGAACCCGCGACGCCGAAUAAUGAUGCCAACCUCAGCAAUAUUCAGAAGGAUAUGGGAAAGGCCCUUCUUCUAAACCAACAAACUAGUUCCGUUGGAUCCAUGAGCUGGGUAAAACGGGAUAGUCCGUGGGCCAACAAGCCAAAGGGUUUCCAGCCACUGCAACAUCCUCAAAUUCCGCAACAGCCACAGCCACAGCCACAGCAAAUACAGGGACAGAUACCGCAAGUCCAGGUGCAAGGCCAACAGGUGGAGCAGAAAAACUUGCUGGAUAAAACGAAGCCUAAUGGAAAGAGGCCGCGGAAGUCGAUAUUGAACGAAGAUUCAGAUGCGUCAGGCGAGGACAAAGAGGUCCCUGAGCUGGUCGGAGUUACUUUAGGAACCAUACCAACUCAAAAUCCUGAGGAGAAUAAGAGGCGUCAGACAAGGUCUAAACGGUUUGAAAACUGCAAGGGUGGCGCCACGGUUGUGAAAAGUUUUGUGAAAGGUCGGGGUGGCAGUGCGAGUAACAGAAGAGCCUCUGCAUUGAAGAUUGCUCUAAGCUGUGGAGAUGGGAAUGGACAGGCUGUGGAGGACAUCGACUGGGACUCAUUGACGAUUAAAGGGACGUGUCAGGAAAUUGAGAAACGCUACUUACGAUUGACCUCUGCUCCUGACCCAGCAACUGUGAGACCGGAAGAGGUACUUACGAAGGCUUUGAAAAUGGUGGAGUCGACAUCCAAAAACUAUUUCUACAAGUGCGAGCAGCUAAAGUCAAUUAGACAAGAUCUUACGGUACAGAGAAUACGGAAUGAACUCACUGUCCAGGUGUACGAAGUUCAUGCUCGAGCAGCAUUAGAAGCAGGUGACCUGGCAGAAUACAAUCAGUGCCAAACACAGCUAAAGACUCUUUACUCCGAGGGGAUUUCCGGUUGCUGUAACGAAUUCACCGCGUACAGCUUGUUGUAUAUUAUUUUCCAGAAUGGAAGUAACCGAGAUCUUUUGUCAUCAAUAGCAAGGCUGACACCAGAGGCCCGAGAAGACGAGGCAGUUAAGCACUCUUUAGCCGUGCGUGGUGCCGUGGCCCUGGGAAACUACAUCAUGUUCUUCCGGCUAUACAAAACGGCUCCAAAUCUCAACUUCUAUUUGAUGGAUCUUUACGUGGAGAGGAUGCGUUUUGAAGCCCUGAGGUGUAUGUCUCGGUCGUACAGGCCGACGUUACCUCUGGAAGUGAUAGCUCGGACGCUGGGAUUCACAAAUGGAGCACAGGCUGACAAGGAUGUGCUCGACGAGUGCGAAGAAUGGGUGAAAGCUCAUGGCGGGCAAGUUGUCGUGGACAGCGCUAGUUCUGAGCGGCAAUUCGAUGCAAAGGCAAGCGCUGCCACCUUAUUCAUGCCGGAACCAGAAGACGCGGUUGCUCAUGGCGAUGCUAACCUCGCCGUCAACGACUUUUUGACUCGUUCGGCCCAAGCUUGAACGCUUUGGGAGGUAAAAGUUAGCAAAAAGGAGGAGAGCGAUUCUUUGCCAUUUCCACGAGGAAGUGUAAUAAGAUGGAGGGGGGCUGCUGCAAACUUAGAGAGGAAAUUUUGUUGUAUUGAAAUACAAUUGUACAUUACCCAAGCUAGAUUGGACCACCAGAACAUCGACGCCGUGCUCAUCGCCAGGAUUCUCGAGGGCUCGGUUGGUGUGGAUUGUGAUCGACGGUCGUGUUUUUGUUGAGUCAGUAGGAGAGACAAAGUUUGCAUCUACCUUUUAA